UCACUCCAGGUGUCAGCCAUGGCAACACUCAUGUUGCCAGUUGCCACCUCCUCUCUUUCUCUCUCUCUGGGUCCUCUUCUGUGGAUUCUGCUAUGUUUUUUAUGUGGAAGAGUUGAUGAGUAACAACGGUAGAUCCAAUAGCUUUCUUUGCUCAGCUAAUGGCUAUCCUUAUGAUCUGGCUCGCUAAACCUUUCUCUAUCUGCAAAUGGGUAUUUAUAUUUGCUCUGAAAACCAUGUUCAUUGUGAUUCACACUUGGGUGGAGUUGCUGGUAUCGUCUAUCAGUUUCCAUCUGAAUAUGUUCCGCAAGGCUAUGAUAUGGAUGAUUGCUCUUAUUUCUCUUCCUGAGCAAGUUUUGACGGCCUUGCAGAGGGAACGGCUGCUACAAGAGCAUUUGCAUGAGAUGCGGAUUGAGUUGGAUAGCCUGGUGUGGGAUAGGAAAGAACUUCAACACCAACUCCGCACAGCUAGUAAAGAAUGUAGAAUUUUGGAAUCAAUGCUAGCAGAAGUUGAAGAGGAAAACUGUGCCGUUAUUUCCAGAAUUGAAUUGCUAGAGCGUGAGUUGCAGGAUCUGAAAGUUGAAAAUCUUCAGCUGAAAGAAAUUCUGGGUCAAGAUCGUUGGAGCAUUAAAGGAAGUGAUAGCGCAGACAAUGUACAGAAUAUUGGUAUUGACAAUACUGAAAAGCAUGGCAUUUCAGAUAAGAGCCAAUCAUGUGAUAAAGGAAGUGGAAUCAUAUUUGAAGACCUGAUGAUGCAUAAAGAGGCCUGGGAAGGUGAGGGCAAGAGGGAAGCAGAAUUAUUCAAUUUCUGGAAAAAUGAGUGCAAAGCAAGAGGGUCCAUCCAUUCAUUUUCACACUGCAUCAUCUCAAGGAGCUUAGACAUGAAUGAGGGUGUGGGCCAGAGAAGGGAUGUUGCACUUUCACAGUCCCUAUUCAGUGCAGUAUUAUCCCUUUUGGUCGGAAUCAUUAUCUGGGAAGCUGAAGACCCCUGCAUGCCCCUUGUUGUAGCUCUUUUUGCUGUUGUUGGCAUGUCAUUGAAAAGUGUGGUUCAGUUUUUCUCUACCAUAAGGAACAAACCUGCUUCUGAUGCAGUUGCUCUCCUAAGCUUCAACUGGUUCAUACUUGGCACACUUACUUACCCAACACUACCGAGGGUAGCCCGUGUUUUGGCUCCAUUGACAGCAAGUUUUUUGGACCAUCGGGUGAACUAGUUUGAUACCUUUCCGCAUUAGCUCAUUAAUCAACUUGUCUGCAAUAAGGCACCAUGUACAUUCUUGAAUCAAGAGACAGAGAGUUUGUUUUUAGCUUAGCUGUAGUGUGGCAUCUAGAAUUAUUAGGUUGAAUAGCCAUGUAUUUUGGCCUUCUAAAUUUUGUCUCUUUUGAACUUUCUUGUGUUUGCAUAGACUAUGGUUUAUUCUUUGCGUUAGGAUUUGUAAUAGUUUUAGCUUGAAUAUGAUAAUUAGAGAAUAUUAAAAUUUAUUUUUGAAGUUAAUCAAGGAUUGUCUGGUUGGUCUU